AUGAAAAAUCAAUCGAUACGUGCCAAUACAGCACAGCAUAGCCAAUACGAUAUAGCGUGGCAUAGUCCGAAAUUCAUUUUCUGUGGUAAAAUUCGGUGCACUUUGCAUUUUGUUGAGGUUGGUCGUUGGGUUGUUGGGUUGUUGGGUUGUCGGUCCGUAGAGAGGGCAUAUGAUAGCGAUAUUGCAACAACUGCUUUUGUACGUGAAAUAUUCAGUGACCGUGCAAAUGGCAAAAUACUACAAUUCUUCAAGGAGAAGACACAGCAACUUUACGCAGGACAUGUAGAAGAAGUCAAUUUCCAUGUGGUCAAUGAUAUAAUACGCAGACGUACAAAUUUAUUAGUGAAACGUCAUACAAUGGGUAAAGUUUUAGAGUAUCUGCGUACGAACAGUGUUUGGGUCAAUGGACCAUUAGCAACAAUUUCAGCUAAUCUCUUUCAAACUGAUUGCUCGCAUGGUUCUACCAGUGAACGUGAUGGUGAAAUGUUCUUCCAAGUACAUCCAACGGUGCGACAACGUAGACUCGUGCCCAUACCAGCUGUACUCUACAAGAGUGGUUUUACUGCUGGUUAUGAACCAAAAUUAGAUGCAACUAUUGUAGCUUUUGGACGCCUGGAGGAUACUGUCAGUACAAUUUAUGUUAUGCCUGGACAUCAAAGUUCUAUUUCUCCAACAGAUAAUUUGGAAUUAUUCGAAAAGGAAUUAAUUGAAACAGCCUUUAGUAAAAAUGCUUGGAGCAAUAUACUCACUUCAUUGAUGGAUCGCCCUGGCAUGGAAGUACAACUACCACGUUUCUCACAUCGUUCAUUUGUGAACGCUUCACUUGGUUUACAAAAAAUGGGUCUUAAGGGACUUUUCAAUUCAGAUUUAGCUGACUUACGUGGUCUUACUGGUACUGGUAAUAAAGACAUAUACCUCUCCGAUAUGAUACAAAUUAAUACAUUCAGUACUUGUGGUGAGGAGAAAAUUUCUGAUCAUCAUCAUGUUGAAAUGUACCCCGCACCACCACUACGUAAACGUAACAAAGAUGUUGAUGCCACAGAUGAUGAUGCCUAUGACUCAUCAGAGUCUGUAAUAGACUUCGGUUCUUUAGUGCAUGAAUCCGCUUUAGGACGUGGUUUUUAUGAUGAUUUACUUGAUCCAAAAUACUUAGAACUACCAUUGCCAUUACGUCCACGACAGGCGCGUGUACCGGAUGCGCCUAGAUUACGUUUCGAUAAACCAUUCCUUUAUUUUGUGCGCCACAAUCCAACAGGCAUGAUACUCUUUAUGGGUCGCUUCAAUCCCAGAUUAUUGCCAUGAACUUAAUAGCAUUUUAAUUGCGCUUUUUUACCGCUUUAUCACGAGACUUUUCAAUUACAGGAAUCCUGCCCUUUCAGUAGUUCGUGCCCUCACCCCUACUCUCUCACACUAAUCGAUUUAUUAAUUGAUUUGCCAGAUUGCAAGUCAAAGCGCUGCCGCAAAUUUAGCAAA